AUACGAAAAUGAAGAAGAGCGGCUGUCCGAACAGGGCUUCAACUAAUGCAUCUCUUCCUUAAUCGGAUGGAGGAGGAAAUAAAAGGCUGAUAUACUUGUUUUAGUACUUGCAUAUAAAGAAGAAAAACGGAGGAGAGGUGUGACCAUGAAGGGCCUUGUCUGAGGUGGAUUCACCACAAUACUCCUUGUUGGCAUCUUAUAUAGCAUAGCAUUCGAGUAGCACAUUAUGGCAGAGAGGGCAAACUUUGGGACUCAGAAAGUCUCAAGGCCGCAGGGCUCGCUCCCGCCGGAACCCAUCGAAAUAAUCCGGACAAAAGCCAGAUCCAGAAGAGUCCGGAUCAACGUGGGUGGACUGGUCCACGAGGUUCUGUGGAGAACCCUUGACCGCCUGCCACGAACGCGUCUGGGAAAACUUAGAGACUGCAACACCCAUGAAACCUUAAUGGAGAUCUGUGACGACUACAGUCUGAAUGAUAACGAGUAUUUCUUUGAUAGGCACCCUGGUGCCUUUUCCUCCAUUUUAAACUUUUAUCGGACGGGCAAGCUGCACAUGAUGGAAGAGAUGUGCGCUCUGUCUUUUGGUCAGGAGCUUGACUACUGGGGCAUUGAUGAAAUCUAUCUGGAGUCAUGCUGCCAGGCACGCUAUCAUCAAAAGAAGGAGCAGAUGAACGAAGAACUGAGGAGAGAGGCCGAAACCCUUCGAGAGAAAGAAGGAGAUCAGGUGGACACGGGCUGCUGUCCGGAUAAAAGGCAGAAGCUCUGGGAUUUGCUGGAGAAACCAAGCUCUUCUGUGGCAGCCAAGAUUCUGGCCAUAAUAUCAAUCCUGUUUAUCGGUCUCUCAACCAUUGCACUGUCACUCAACACCCUUCCCGAAUUACAAGUGAUUGAUGAAUUCGGACAGUCCAACGACAAUCCGAACCUCGCCCACGUUGAAGCCAUUUGCAUCGCGUGGUUCACGAUGGAGUAUCUUCUUCGCUUCCUGUCAUCUCCCAACAAGUGGAAGUUCUUCAAAGGGCCGCUGAACGUCAUCGAUCUAUUGGCUAUCCUUCCCUAUUACGUAACGAUAUUCCUGACGGAAUCCAACAAGAGCGUCCUCCAGUUUCAAAACGUGCGCAGGGUAGUACAGAUCUUCCGAAUUAUGAGAAUACUAAGGAUUCUGAAACUUGCAAGGCACUCUACGGGUCUUCAGUCUCUUGGGUUCACCCUCAGAAGAAGCUAUAAUGAACUUGGGCUGUUAAUAUUGUUUUUGGCUAUGGGCAUCAUGAUCUUCUCAAGUCUGGUGUUCUUCGCUGAAAAAGACGAAGAUGCCACAAAAUUCACAAGUAUUCCCGCUUCUUUCUGGUGGGCAACGAUAACCAUGACAACUGUGGGAUAUGGGGAUAUCUACCCCCAAACGCUCCUAGGUAAAAUAGUGGGCGGUCUCUGUUGUAUUGCCGGCGUGUUAGUGAUUGCUCUCCCCAUCCCUAUUAUUGUGAAUAACUUCUCCGAGUUCUACAAAGAGCAAAAGAGACAAGAGAAGGCCAUCAAACGUAGAGAGGCGCUCGAGAGGGCUAAGAGGAACGGUAGCAUUGUGUCAAUGAACUUGAAAGAUGCCUUUGCUCGCAAUAUGGAGCUAAUGGAUGUUGUGAUAGAAAAGAAUGAAGAAAAGGGCACAGAAAAUCACAUUUCUCCAAGCAAGUGGAACUUUCAAAAGAGCUCAAACUCUGACUUGGGUUCAAAAAUCUAUGAAGCAAAAUACGAAGAAAUAGAUCAGUUGGCUUCUCCAGAUCGAGUAUUCAAACCUUGCCCAAGCCCUCAGCGCCUGAAUGCCAAAUCCCUUGAACAGAUGUAUAACCAGAUGAUGACUCCUUCAUCCGUAACCUGUAGCGGACCUUCGGGUGGUAAAGGAGGCAGCGUCGGUAGAGAAGAAGUGAUGGAGAUGAAGUUGGUUCAGAGCGAACCUCUGCUGAAAGAAAGAGUCAUCACAGACAUCAGAAGCAUUUCGAGUAUCGACAGCUUCGCCAGCUGCGCUACAGAUAUCAGCGAGGUUGAAAAAAGCGCACUGCUGCCCAAUAUCUCACAGGGGAGGCAUCCACGUGCCCCUCCUCCACUUGACCUUAGCCAGAUUACCUCUCUGGACAAACGUAGCCCAACAUCGAAGAAAGCAAAUCAGCCCAUGAUUAUCAAAGAGGGCCUCUAUGAGUUUGUCCAGUGCAGGCCUGAAAGCAGCAGCGGGUCACAGGGUGAGGAGAACCAAAGCUUUGAUCCUAGCGGUGAAAACGUGCGGACCCCUCCAAGAGGAAAUCAAGUGAAAGCAAAGGGACUUAAAGUGAACUUCACCGAAUCUGUAGACAGCACGGCUUCCGACGUGCAUUUAGAUGUAACUGAUGACACAGCAACUGUGACACCGAAGCUACCAGCGUGCGACUCGUCACUUCUGGUAGGUUCUCCUUGGGAGAGCCCGAGGUCACCGGGGAAAGGCUUUGAAGGGGACUCGGCUGCAAGCUCUCCACAUUUCAGCCUGUCGUCUUCUGGAAGCCAAAGAGGGAGAAACCAUGUCGAUAGAGCAGCUGUUACUCCCACUUCUCCUAAAAAUGCAGGAAACUGUGCUUCUGCCAUGGUUGGUGCCAUUGGAGCGGAAGACAGCAUUCAAAGUGGACAGAAGGUGGACAACCACCUCCUUUCCCCUGAUAUUCUCAAGGCAUCAGGGGAUGGGGGCCGAUCACCACCGUGUGAAACAAGCAUGUGAUGUACUGAGGACGCAUUAAGAUGUUAAUGGAAUAAAUGCAUCGUGGAGUAUGUGUGGACAGAAAGAGGCAUACUGAUGUAGUGAAGAGGAUUUUCUUAAUCAUUGAAGGGAUUGACUUUAUGAUCCUAAAAGAGACGUCUGCUGCUGACUUUGAAGAGUUUAGUGACAUUAAUGAACAAUACAUACUCUAAUAAUGAUAACGUUAAUAUUAUUUUGUAACAGCAUGAUCCCUUAUGUGAAGGAUUAGUUAGCUGUGUCAUACCUUUUGAAGCAUUAACAUCCAGAUAACUGAUAAGUUAACAGAAAUUGUUCACGGUAGCAUUUCCAGGCCACUGAGAUGAGUACAUGCAUUUUUAAAAGGCUGAAAUGUGUUGGGUUUAUUUGAUAGCUCUGACCAAAGUGGAAACAGUGCACAAUAGUAAUUCAUGAUAAUUUGAUUUGAAAUAAUAAUUUUGAUCAAAACAUGCCUUCUUUUGAUGAUUUAUUCAGUUCUCUCUGUAAAUGUGAAUCUUGAGCAAGUAAUAGAAGAAAAUACAACAAAAAAAAUCUAUAAACGGAUGUUGAUUUCACUGUUACACAAUUUUCCAAUUGUAUCCAUUUAGAUGCCCUGCUUACU